UUGUAUCGCACACGCAAGCGUCGCGCUAUAAUACGUGGCGCCGUAGUCGAUUGAAAUUCUCCAACUGACAGAAAGCAUCAGUACAGCAUCCACCCUGGGGGAGAAGGAGAUCGAUGGAGGAUCUGUACAGCAUCCACCCGGGGAUCUCGCGCCGAGGCGAGGGCGGCGCGGCCUGCAGCGUGGCGUCAGGGGUCGCCGGUGAUGCCAGCUCUCCUCCCCCUCCUCCGUCACCGGCGGAUCUGACGGAGCUGAUGAAGGCGCAGAUCGCCGGGCACCGCCGCUACCCCUCCCUCCUCUCCGCCUACAUCGAAUGCCGCAAGGUCGGAGCGCCGCCGGAGGUAGCCUCGCUGCUGGAGGAGAUUGGCCGGCCAGAGAGGCGCGGCGGAGGCGCCGCCGCCGCAGGGGAGAUCGGCCUCGACCCCGAGCUCGACGAGUUCAUGGAGGCGUACUGCCGGCUUCUGUCGCGGUACAAGGAGGAGCUGUCCCGGCCGUUGGACGAAGCCGCUUCCUUCCUCACCACCAUCCGCUCGCAGUUCACGAAGCUCUGCGGCGGCGGAGCCACCGCCACCUCGCCGCACUCCGAUGAAAUGGUGGAGUCAUCGGAGGACGAGCCAUACUCAGGGGACACCGGUGCAUCCGACGCCGGCAUGCAAGAGCAGAGCUCCCGGUUGGCCGACCGCGAGCUCAGGGAGAUGCUGCUCAACAAGUACAGCGGCUGCCUCAGCCACCUCCGGACCGAGUUCCUGAAGAAGAGGAAGAAAGGGAAGCUCCCCAAGGAUGCGCGGCUUGCUCUCGUGGACUGGUGGAACACACACUACCGCUGGCCUUACCCCACGGAAGAGGAUAAGGUGAGGCUCGCCGCCAUGACUGGCCUCGACCCGAGGCAGAUCAACAACUGGUUCGUCAACCAGAGGAAGCGGCACUGGAAGCCGUCCGAGGACAUGCGGUUCGCGCUCAUGGAGGGCGUUACCGGAGGAGGAGGGGGGUCCUCUUACGACACGACACUCUGCUUCGGCACGGACAGCAUGAGAUAGUUGCUCAUUUCCCGCGGGCAUGAAGCUCUUUUGCACGGUGGUUGUGUGACUAGCAAGGAAGGGGUACAUCAAACGAUGAGUACCCCCAUGAUCAUUUUCUCAAUUAUUGUGUAUGUAGUACAUGGGCGCCGUAAGGGAAAACUUUUCUGAAACCACUACUACAGGGUGACCUGUAAAAUCUUUUCUGAAGCUACUAGAGUACUAUAAUCAGAUUGUCUGUAUCCCCAGGGAUUGCCAGUGAAGAAUCACACUGGAUAGGGAGGAAUCAAA